AUGCGUGCGGAUGAUGUGGCAGACGAUGACUCGAUGGGCCGCGUUCGGACAAAGAGUGGCAAGCAACAAAAAGGAAUGUCCACAUGCCAGAUGCAAGGGAUGAAUGAAAAUUCGAGCCCCCGGAUACUGCAGGCAGACCGGUCUAUUACUUCCGGCGCAGUCCUGGGCCAAUGGAGACCAGUACGAGACUAUGAAGUAACUGCCUACCAACGGCGUCGGAGGGUGGUCAGAAAAGCAGCCGACCGACCCAACUGA